GCCCCGCGGCGCGCUCGGCGGGCGGAAGGCGGCUCCGGCGGCGGCCGGGGCGGACGGAGGGCGGGUCGGCGCCUUUGUGUGAGCCGAGCCGGGAUGGUGCGGGGCGCCGGGCGGAGCCGCUUGCCCUGCCAGUUUCUGGAUGCCAAGCACCUCCUGCUCAAGCAGCUGAUGAAUGCGUGAAGAAGAAGCUGACCAGGAGAGGGACUCUUAAGCAGCUGCUAAGAUGGGCAUGAGGAUCAAGUUGCACAGCACCAAUCACCCCAACAACCUGCUGAAGGAACUCAACAAGUGCAGGCUCUCCGAGACCAUGUGCGACGUCACCAUUUUGGUGGGCACCCGCUCCUUUGCUGCACAUAAGGCUGUUCUGGCCUGUGCCGCAGGCUACUUCCAGAACCUCUUUCUGAACACGGGGCUGGAUGCUGCUAGGACCUACGUAGUGGAUUUCAUCACGCCAGCCAACUUCGAGAAGAUCCUCAGCUUUGUGUACACCUCAGAGCUCUUCACAGACCUGAUCAAUGUAGGCGUCAUUUAUGAGGUGGCAGAGCGGCUGGGCAUGGAAGAUCUGCUGAAGGCCUGCCACUCGACCUUCCCCGACCUGGAGAGCUCAGCCAUCACGAAGCAACCCUCCCUGUCCAUGAGCGAAGGCCGGUCAGGUCCUCUGAGCAGCACCUCCUCGGAGCAGAGCCAUUCAUUGGGGGAAAUCCGGAGCGGCGGGGAACAUUUUGGCCCCGAACGGAGUUACGUCUUGCAUGGGGAGGUGUCAGGCAGCUACAAAGAGGACGACAAGAAUACCGUGAGCGAAGCCAGUCAGAUGCUUCCCCUGAUGCAUCCCCAGCAGCCUCCCAAGACAGAGCAGGAAUCAGACCAAGGGCAGUUCGCUCCCACCGCGGGGAUGGCGACCCAGCCCAGCUUGGGCAGUGUGAACAUCAUUGUUCAAACCACUGCGAGCUCCUGCCAGCAGUAUAAGGUCCAGAGCAACGGUGACUACGGCAAGGGCAGCUUCUUUACCGCUGAUCCUUCCCUGGACGUCUCCAUGGGGAGCAACUCCUGUCCCAGCAACAGUGACCACUCCAAAGAGCAAGGUUUCGGGCAGAUGGAUGAGCUUCAGCUGGAGGAUUUGGGCGAGGACGAGCUGCAUUUCGAAGAUGCCAGUGAAGAGCUGGGCCCCUCAGAAGAAGUUAUUGAGCUGAGCGACGACAGCGAAGAAGAGCUGGCCUUUGAGAACGACAGCCGGGACAGCAAGGCCAUGCCCUGCCAGGUGUGCAAGAAGGUCCUGGAGCCCAACAUCCAGCUGAUCCGCCAGCACGCGCGGGACCAUGUCGAUCUGCUCACCGGGAACUGCAAGGUCUGUGAAACCCACUUCCAGGACCGGAACUCCAGGGUGACCCAUGUUUUGUCCCACAUCGGCAUCUUUCUCUUCUCCUGUGACAUGUGCGAGACCAAGUUCUUCACCCAGUGGCAGCUGACCCUCCACCGACGAGAAGGGGUCUUCGACAACAACGUUAUCGUCCAUCCCAGUGACCCGCUGCCGGGGAAGAUCCCCAUGUUUGGGGGGGGGCCUGGCUCAGAGCUGGCGUGCGCCGCCUGCGGGAAGCCUUUGGCCAAAGAUUUCCACAACGUCCGCAACCAUAUCCUGGACCACGUGAACUUGAAAAGCCAGACGUGUGUCGUGUGUGACCAGAGGCACCUCAGCCUCUGCAGCCUGAUGUGGCACACCCUGUCUCACCUGGGCAUCUCGGUCUUCUCCUGCUCUGUUUGUGCCAACAGCUUUGUGGAUCGGCACCUCCUGGAGAAGCACUUGGCCGUUCACCAGAACAUGGAGGAGGCUCUUUUCCGAUGCCACUUCUGCGGCCAGAGCUUCAAGCUGGAAGCGGCAUAUCGUUACAACGUCAGCCAGCACAAGUGCGGGGGCAGCCUGGACAUCCGACCCAGCUUUGGAGACCGUCUCCAGCAGCAGGGCCUGCAGAAGAGGAAGCUGCCGGAGGAGUUCCUGAGUGAAGACCUGGCGCUGCAAAACCAGCCAGGCAACAGCAAGUACAGCUGCAAGGUCUGCGGAAAGAGGUUUGCCCACACCAGUGAGUUCAACUAUCACCGGAGGAUCCACACCGGAGAAAAGCCCUACCAGUGCAAGGUGUGCCACAAGUUCUUCCGCGGCCGCUCCACCAUCAAGUGCCACCUGCGGACGCACUCGGGAGCCCUCAUGUACCGCUGUACUGUGUGCGGGCAUUACAGCUCCACGCUCAACCUUAUGAGCAAGCACAUAGGUGUGCAUAAAGGCAGCCUGCCCCCAGACUUCACCAUCGAACAGACUUUCAUGUAUAUCAUCCAUUCCAAAGAUGCGGAGAAAAACACGGACAGCUGAUGGGGCGAGGCAGGGCAGAGCCAGCAAAGGAGCAAAUGCUAAUAACAGAAGCUGUGGAAAAAAAAAAAAGAAAAAAGUCAUUUAUGUUAUUUAAUGGUCAGGCAUCAUGAAUGGAACCCUCCUUUUUAUUUUUUUAAAUAUUUUUUUUUUUGGCCUUGCUAGGGCAUUUUAGAUUGGUGGCAUUGUACAAAUUAACAGCACGUAAGCUACAUCACUGUUUCCAAGAAGUCUGUCGUGUUUACUUACCUCUGGUCCUGUUAGAGGCCAUCGAGUUCUGUGUUCUUAGCAUUUCUCACUAGGUUUGGAAUCUAGAUUAUAUUAUUAUUUUUUUUAACCUUUUAGCCCACUUGACUAGGCUAACCCUCAGUUUGACCUUGUCCACAAACUGAUGCUGCUAAGAUUUUUCAUAUCUGACCUCAGUAGAGAGGGACAGAGCCAGAGCAGGAUAGUGCUGGACUUGAAGAAAAGGAAAAAGGAAUUAAAAAAAAAAAAAAAGAAAAAAGGAAAAAAAGACUCAUUCUGGGCAUCACUGGGGUUCUGCUGCUAUUGCGAGGAGAUAAGCAAAGUCCAUGUCACAGAAUCAGCUUGACGUCGUUGCUUCGUUGCAGGGGAGAUGAGCAAGCACCUGAGUGUGCGUGUGCAGGUGAGGAGGGAUACCUGGUGGUAAACAAGUAGGAGGGUGAUUGUCGCUGGCGAGGGCAGUUCCCAGUUCCCAGGCAGCAGCGCUGGUCUGCAGGAGCCGUGCCCGAGCCGGGAGCGUGGCCGGCAGUUCCUCUGCCGUGCCUGUGACACACCGCUCACUCGUUCCCCCGGACCCCAUCUCUGAAGGAGGAGAUGAAGGAGUGACACCACCUCUCUGAGGAGCCCGAGCAGCCGGGCGGCCGCGUGGAAGGGAAGAGGCAGGUGCAUGAGCAGAGGGAUCUCUCAGAGGAGUUGCUGAACUGGAGAGAGCAGGGGAAGCAGGUUCGUGUGGUGGGGUCGACUGGUCCUUGGGAGAUACUUUGUGGUGGCAUGGUCACGCCUAAUUUCUGCCAGCCUGCAUCUGGCCAUUGAGAGUGUGCCAAUGCUCUCCUCUGCCGACAGCAGCCGUGCACAUCGUGCUCUGCCGGCGCGGUGUGUCCCAGGGCUGCCAGGCGCUGGAAGCGCUGGAUGCCAGAGCGCAGCAUCGCUGCGGCUGCAUGGAUGCCAGCAGACAAGACAUGACGAAGCUGUUGCCUUAACCCCCAGGAAGGUACCUUUGAGGACUCCUCUCUGCUCUGGGGGUGGCCCCCUCCCGUGGCUGCCCGUCGUGGAUCGCUGCAUCCCGGACAUGUCUCGUGGCAAACGUGCGUUGCAGGAUGCUGUGCGAUGUGAGUUCGUACAUCUUGUGUCAAAUCGUGCUGUUAAGUUCAGCAGGUGCUGGCUGGGGCUGCAGCAGAGCAGCUCUGGGGGCCGGCGGCAGCAGCAGCUGCCGUGAACCUCAGCUCAGCCUCUCCCAGACAUGCGUCGGGUGCGGGCUGGGGGCUCCUCGGCGCGGUGGGCUCUCCCAGCUGCGCUGGCGAGGUCAGCCCUGUGCUGGCAGUGCUUACACCAGGAAGGGUGGGGAUUGGCUUUUUCCCAUGUUAUCCUGCUGUGGGGCAGAGGUGGAGAGGAACAAAUAUUUCCGAUGCCGCAGCUUGAGUUGUGGCUGCCCUUAGGUAACUCAUUCUACCUCACAAACAGGAAGCGCUCAGGGCUGUCAAGCCACAGUCAUAGUAAAUUGGCUCCCGCGCUUCUGUAAAGAUAUGCUGUUACAAAAAGAAACUAGUGAUUUGCAAACCCUGUAAACUCAUCCCGCUUUCCCCUCCUCUCGAAGGGACAACCCACGGCAGAGGAGCGGCAUGGGCUGGGCGCAUGGUUGGUGAGCUGGGAAUUCCUGGGGGUCGCUCCCCCCGCUCCGCUGUGGCCUUGGGCAAGUCACUUCACCUCUUUGCCUCAGUUUCCUCAUCUGUAAAAUGAGGGUGGUUACACUUGUGGUACCUACCUACCUCCCAGGAGCGCGGUGAAGUUUGCUGGCUCGUACCUGCGAAGCGUGUGGGGGAUGCAAAGCAUCUAGUGCAUAAUGGUGCUUAGCAUCCUAGGGAAAUGGCAGCCUCCGUUGUUUCUCAUCCUGUACCAGUUCCUGGACCUGGCCGGGUCGCUUUACUCCUGUUACCAGCCUUCCCCAUCGAAUGAUAAUUUCCCUUUAGCCCCGUCCUCCUUGUGGUCCUGCGAGACAAGCUCUGUAGCAAUAUAAGGAGUGGGGGGUGGCUCAGCACCACCGUGUCUGCGGAGGGGCUGGGGGCGGCGGCACUGGGGAAGCAGGAAUGUGUGUGCUGGGGGCAGUGGUGCUGUGACGUCUCCUGGACUUUGCAGAGCGCAUCUCCGUGUCAGCUGGGCGCAUCGCUGUCGGGAGCAGGAGGAGCUGGCAAUCCUGGGGAGAGAGGAGCCGGAGGGUGCAGAGGUGUGCAGCUGCUGCAAGCCCCUGCCCCUCAGCCCCAGCCGCCCGGCCAUCCCUGCCGUUUGCCUCUAAAGCUGCGUUUCCACCAUGGCAGCUCCAGGUCCGGCCCCGCUGUGACGGGGCAAGAGACGAGAGCUGGUGUUGAGCCAUGUCCCCGCCGUCAGUGCUGAGCCCUGGCUCGACCUAAUGACCCUUCCCAGGCAGCUCCUUCAUCCUGAGCUUGUGUCACCCUCAGUCACCCCCUGGACCUGCAGUACCCGAGUCCGACCCCGCUGCACGGAGGUGGGGUGGGAGGAAUGGACCUUGCUGAGGAGAAACGAGGGGCCACAGGGAGCUUGUGUCCUUUCCCCAGUCCCUGCAAUACCAGAGAAGUUUGGGGCCAGCUGAGAUCGCCCUGGGGGGGUGUUAAACUGGACUUGUCCUGAUUUUGGUGCCUGGAGCCUGUUUUUGGAGGAAGGGAGGCACCAAAGUGAUGGCCAACGCUGGGGCUGGCCAGGCUGUGCCGUGUCUGCUGCUGGAGCUCUCGUUUCCCAACUCUGGUCUUGCGGUACCGGUCAGCUGCCAGGCUGCGGUCGGUGUUCUCUAGCUGCUCUGCGGAGCCAUGCUUAGCUUAGUGUUGAGUUUAACAACCAAACAAAAAAAUCAUUUUGAGAAUGCAUGGUGCCCUAGGGAAAGCAUGGGAUUUGACGACGGUUCACUGGAGGCUCCUCCAGGAGCUCUUGGAGUUAUGAGGUUUCUUCCAUUGUCCUGGUGGUGGCAAGACGGGCUGGUAGACAGGGACGGAUGCGGCCGGCUCUGCUCCGGAGAUUGCUAUGAAGGAUGCGAGGGGGGCAGGCGAGGCUUGGGAGAGCCAAGUCCUUAAAGCCUCGAGACCCUCCUAAAAUGUCCCAGAAGCUGCGAUGAGCUUUUGGAUGGCUUGGAGCGCUGGCCCACCGCAGCGCCUGCAGCCCCGUACCUAGCUAAGCUGUGAAGCAAAAGCCUUUUGUGCACAUAAACCAAAAAGAGAAGCUUUUACACUGAAACACUAACGGGCAAAGCAAACCCACCCUUCUGGACACAGGUCUGGGAAAGCAAAAGCCUACUGCGCCUUCUGCCUGUUGUUUUUAGUUGUGGGAUGGGGAGAGCACUCGGGUCCUGGUGUUUCUGUGUCUUGGAUUCUUUCCUGUGUUAUAGCGAAUCAUUCCCACUUGAAACAUCCUGAGAUCUGCAGCGAGUCUUGUCUGUGGAGGGGGUGCAGGGACAGCUCUGGACCUGCAGCACUCCCUGCUCCUCCUCCUCGGGGUUUUCCCAAGAGGGGUCAGAGACCUGAGCUCCCUCCCCUGGGAGGGUCCUGGGCCUCUCCAAGCCCCCAGCCAGUGCCAGGGCUCUGUUGUCCCUGUGCCCUUGUGGCAUGGCUGUCCCCGAGUCUGGCCAGCCUGGCUGGGAGCUCCGGUGUUCCACCAGAAAGCUGUGUGGCUGGGGAAGGUGGGAUCGGCCGGAGCGACGGGCUCGUCCCGGGUCCCCCACAGGCUGCGUUGCCCCGAGGAGCCGUAGCUCAGACCGACCUGUGGGGACUACACUUACCUACCUCGCCUGGGGCAGCCGUGAGGUUUAACUCGUGUUUGCAAAGUGCUUUGAGACCCUCGGGGUGCAGGGGGGAACACAGAGGGAAAAUGCUUUGCUGGGAGCUGCGCCGGUGGCGUUUGCAGAGAGCGACCGGGUCGUUGGUCCUCACGGGAAACCCUGACAUAAAAUCCCCCUCUAAAAGGCAGUGCUUCGAGAGUGGUCUUAUUCCAGUUUCUAAAACACGAAGUUCAGUUUGAUUCUCCCCUUUCUCAAAGGAUCCAGGUCUCUUAUCAGAAUAAUUAAGCAGAAGAAAGAAAAAUGAGUUGAAUUGCUGUCUAACCUUUCUGUUAAGUUAAUAGUAGGUACUGACCUCCUGAUAUUUAAGUGUUUACUAUCUAUUUGCUGUAAAGUUUUGUAUAUUUUGUAAACUUUCCCCCCAAAUAGUAGAUGUCUAAAAUCGUUGUACAUCGGGUUCUUUUAUACUCCAUUGUUCAGCACAAAGUGUGGUUUUUAUUUAGAAUAAUAAAAUGGAAAAUGUUGA